AUGUCCAUAACUGUCACGACAGAUGCAAAACAGAGAAAAAGCAAGAUAUUGGAGACAGAUGAGGAAUCUGACAAAUCUGAUAGUGAGGAGGAGAACUCAGAGCAUGAUAGUGAGAACACUGAGGGGAGUGAGGAUGCAAAAAAGGAGGCAGAAUGUACUGAGGAAUCCGGACACUCUGAGUCUGGUGAGUCCAGCAACGAAGUUGAGACGUGUGACACAGAAAAUGAAGUUGAGGGCAUGGGUCAAGAAAACAGACCCUCAGAUGUUUUAAGAAGGAAAGGUGAGCCUGAAGAAGAACAUGUGACUAGUGAGGAAGACACUCAGUCAAAUGAAGUAAACAGUGACUCAGUAGAGGAUGAUCAAGUUCCAACCAAUACGAUUACUGCACCAAAGAAGACUGGACCACUCAAACUGUCAUCGCAGCUACUCGGUAAAGGUGGAAAGAUGAAGUCUAAGGUUCUCCAGCAAAAGGAACCUUUUCAGGAAGAGAAAACAAAACAAGGACCUUUGGCAACCAAAGUGUUUCCUAUGAAGGGAUUUAUUUUCAACAAAAAUGCCCAAAGCAAAGGCAUGUCCCAAAUACAGCAGUUAGCUAACACGACACAAACAAAAGAAAAAGAGCCAUGUAGCAUGAAUGAAGAAGCGAAAGGCUCAUCCUCAAAACCUCAAAAAAGUCUGCUAUCUGGUAAGUCUUAUUUGAUGCUAAACAUCAAGGCAAAGAAGAAAGAGGGUAAAGACAAUCAGAAUAGAAAAGAUAAACAGAAACAAGGAACAGAACAGGAACAAUCUGACAAGGUAAUCAAAGAACAGGAAGGUACAGGUCAUCCACAAAAUAUUGGGCUGGUCCUUGGAAGGGUGAAAAUGGCUUCUGUCAGGUAUCAGACCAGGAGGAAGCAAAGGAAGUCAGAAGAAGUGGCAGAAGAAUCUACAGAAGCAGCUCCUCAAGUCACACACUCCUUAGUAGCGCAAAGGAAAAGCAUCAAUACUCUGCGCCGAGUUUCUGGAUGGAUACAGAAGAAGAUUCCCAGGAGUGUCAGCUUGCAGGCUAGGUUAUCCAAUGUUUCUAGAGCUAUCAGCAUCUCCAGGUGGCUCUCUGCUCAAGCUAAAAAGCAGCAGAGAUGCACCAAAAGCUCUAAGCAGAGCAUUUUUCAAGGUAAGUUGCCUAAGGGCAUUGCUAGCACUGCAACAUUAGCUAGGAGAAAGGUUCAGGCAUCAGCAAAAGGCCCUGAGGAGCAUAGAGUUGAGGUGGAGGAAGAACAGGUAGAUUUCACUUAUGAUCGCAGCUCAUCACCUAAGACUUCUGAGAGUCAAAGUGAACCGGAAGAGAAGGUGAAUCCUGUUGAUCCUAAAUAUGCCAUUGUCUUCCCAAGGAUGAAUAAACUUGGCAAAAGUAAAGGAACUUCACCAGCUUCUACCAGUGUUAGUAGUGCCAGUGCCACUGCAGAACCCAAGCGCAUUCCCCCAAAACCUGGUGCUCGCCUUGUUCUACCUGUACAGCCUGACCUUACGCUGCUUAAGUCUGUAAAGAAGAACUUUCCUAAGGGAGGUUUGAGUAAUGAUGGUGAAAGAGACAAGAGUUCUGAGAAGAAUGCAUUAAAGGAAAACGUGGAAAAUAAACAAACGCUGUUUUCUGGGAAAGAUGGACUCAGCGCAAUUGAAGCAGCCAAGGCAAAUCUGGGGACAUCAGGGCUGAACUUAUCUAAGAUAACUUUAUCAAAGCCUUUGUCUACAACAGGAUUUAAGUCCAGAGAAGGAUUAUAUGGAAAUGAUAACAAAAAAUCGUUAAGUCUUGGGGGGACACCAAUGGAGAAAGAAGAUCACAGGAAAGAUGUAAUAUCCUCCUUCUAUGAGGAGGAAGCAGACCGAGAAGUAGCACGAUUAAUGGGUGGGGAUGCUUUCCCCUCUGCAAUGGAGGUGCACUGGGCCCAGGAUCACCCAUUGAGGAGCGACCCCAAGGACUGGCUGCGAGCAGAGACAUUGCUCCCUCAUCAAACUGUGGAGAAGCUCAGUAAAUGGUCUACAAACCAGGAGAUCGAACGGCCACAGAUCAUCCCAACCAAUAAUGGAAGAGGCCCUUGGGAGGCAGAAGACUCUGUUCAGAAUAUGCUAGAGAGCCGUCUCACCAGCACACAGGUACAUGUGAAAGGAAGCGCACGGCUCUUGGAAGUAGAUGAAGUGGAGGACUUGUCCCAAUUGGAAGAGGUGUGUGAGAGUUCAGUGCUGCUCAGUCUGAAGAAGAGAUUUCAUCGUGACUCAAUUUACACGUACAUUGGAAACAUGCUUCUAUCAGUGAACCCAUUUAAGCCUCUCAGUAUAUAUUCAGAAGAGCUGGGUCAAAAGUAUCAGGGCAAAUCACAGCAGCGCAACCCACCUCAUGUUUACGCCAUCGCAGAGGCAGCCUACUUCCAGUCCCAGAACUCAACUCAAGAACAGUGCAUUGUCAUCAGUGGACAGAGUGGCUCUGGGAAAACGGAGGCAGCCAAACGUAUCAUGCAGUACCUGAGUGGCAUGUACCAGGGCAGGGCUGAGGGUCUGCGGCAGCCCAUGGAUGUCUUGCCCAUUUUGGAGAGCUUUGGCAACGCCAAGACGAUCCUCAACGACAAUUCAAGUCGCUUUGGCAAGUACCUGCACAUCCAUAUCAGGCAUGGUGUUGUGGUGGGGACCUCGUUGUCACAGUACCUCCUUGAAAAAUCUCGAAUUGUCUUUCAGGCACACGGAGAGAGAAACUACCAUGUUUUCUAUGAGAUGCUGGCUGGGCUCAAUGACUGGGACAAGCAAGAGCUCUACUUACAGGGAGCAGAAACAUAUUUCUAUCUCAAUCAGGGCGGCACCUGUGAGCUAGAGGGGAAGUGGGACAAGCAGGACUUUCUGAUAUUAGUCCGGUGCAUGGAGACUAUUAAUCUGCAUGCAGAUCAACUGUCAACCAUUUGGGCUAUGCUGUCUUCCAUACUGCAGCUGGGGAACAUCUGUUUCAGCUCCUAUGAGAGUGAGUCACACGAGGUCGCUCGAAUCUUCAGCGAGGCCGAGGCAAGGCGCGUGGGCAGCUUGCUACACGUGUCAGCGGAGGCGCUGCAGACGAUCAUCACGCACCGUGUCACGGAAACAACCUACGACAGGAUCUACUCUCCCCUGUCAGUGGAAAGUGCCAUUGAGUCCAGAGAUGCUAUCGCCAAGGCUCUGUACUCGGUGUUGUUUGACUGGCUGUUGGAGCGCAUCAACGAAUGGCUGAUUCCCACAGAGAUGGACAGCACCGUUGGCAUUGUGGACAUAUAUGGGUUCGAGGACUUGGGGGUGAACAGCUUUGAGCAACUGUGUAUUAAUUUUGCCAAUGAACAGCUGCAACAGUUUGUCAACAAGGCAGUGGUAUCCCAGGAGCAGGAAGAGUACAGCGCAGAGCAAAUCCAGUGGUACCCUGUAACCCUCCAGGAUUUCCACUCCUGCUUGGAGCUCAUCUCCGCCCGUCCCCAUGGCAUCCUUCGCAUCCUGGAUGACCAGACCUGCCUCCCCCAGGCUACGGACCACACCUUCCUGCAGAAGUGCCACUAUCACCACGGAGGCAACCCCUACUACACCAAGCCCAAGAUUCCCUUACCUGUGUUCACAAUAUACCACUAUGCCGGACCCGUCACUUACCAGGUCCACAAUUUCCUCAACAAGAAUCGUGACCAGUUUCGUCCGGAGGUGCUUGAGCUGUUUGCACGGAGUCGACUGAAGAUGGUGUCUGACCUGUUCCGUAAAGUUCAGGAGGGCUACCUGCAGCAGAAGGAGCUCGGCCUCAGGGCCCGUGGUCCCCGACAGCAGGCUGCUACUGUGGCAUCUCACUUUCAGCAGUCACUCUCCGAGCUUGUAGCACGACUUGAGAGGUGUAAAACGACCUUUGUUCGCUGCUUUAAACCCAACUAUAUGAAGCUACCUGGAGUAUUUGAUGUGGAUUAUAUGACGCUGCAGCUGCGGCAUGCUGGGAUACUGGAGGCUAUCCACAUCAGGAAAGAAGGGUUCCCAGUUCGCAUUCCUUUCUGUUUGUUCAUGGAAAGAUAUGGGGUCCUCCUGCCUCAGCAUCAGCUGGAGCUGUCAGAGAAGGAUCAGGUUGUUGCACUGCUGGACACUAUUCCAGACGUGGAGGCUGGGGAAUAUCAGUUAGGGCUCACAAAGGUAUUCCUGAAGGAGAUGCUCUACAGGAAGGUGGAAGACCGUUGGAAAAGUACACAGACUUGGGCUGCCGUCACAAUACAGCGCAACAUCCGUGGCUUCAUCUGCCGUCGCAACUUCCGCUUCUUCAAGCAGAAGGCCAUCGUCCUUCAGGCACAUAUCCGUGGCCACCAAACCAGGAAGUACUACAAGAGGCUGAAGCAAUCCUUAACCCAAUUUUGGGCGACCAUGAUGAUCACCAGAAACACUAUCAAAAGACAACAAUGGCGGAAGGAGAAAACACAAAAAGAAGCCAUACCUGGAGCAGGGAGAGAAGAUAAAGUGGUGAAAGAACACAGAGUGAAGAAGAGAGCGAGCAUAAAUCCAGUGAAGAGCACAGCCCAUUCAGACACCCCUGGAAUGGACGUGGGAAUGCUGGAGAUCCCGGCAGAGCUCUCUGCCAGGCUGCGUGGGCUCAACGGGCAGCAGCACAGCUCCAGCGUCAGAGAAGUGGCCCCUCCACAGGUCAAGGCAGAACAUGACUUGUCUCUACCGUUGGAUAUCAACAACUUUCCCUUCUCCCGAUACGUCAGCACUUUCUUGAAGAAUGGAUGGUGCCAGGCCCACGGAUAUCCUCUGCAGCGACCUCUUACGUCCUUGGAACCCGAGGAUGCCCGGACGGCACUGGAAAUCAAUAAACUGAUUCUGCGCUUCUCUGGGGACUCUGACCUUGUCAGCUGGCAGGAGCAGAUGCUGGGAAACUACAUUAUAGAAAAGGGACAGGCGCGGCCCUCACUAAGGGAUGAGAUCCUGGCUCAGUUAGCCUUUCACACCUGGGGCCAGGAGGACAGGGAGGUGGCCCUACGGGGCUGGCUGCUUACGGCCUGCUGUCUGAGCUCCUUCACUCCCUCCCCAACCAUGGACAAGCCACUGCUCAAAUAUGUGUCGGACCGGGGCCCUGGAGAAUAUCGAGCACUGUGCCAGCACAAGCUGCUCACCGCUUUACAGCAGCCAGCACCAGCCUGUAGGGUACAACCCACCACCCAGUUGGAGUGGACUGCCAACCAGAGAAGAGGGAAGAUGGUGCUGGAUGUCCAUACCUUCAUUGAAGAGAAGUUGACAGCAGAGGUGGAGUCCUGGACUACAGGAGAACAGCUGGCUUCAUGGCUGCUCAAAUUCAGGGGCUUGCCAGACGCUCCGCGGGGCUGGUCUGUGUCCCUUCUUGCCGGGGAAGGUUGGACAGACCUGGCCGGCUGUGACUAUGUCAUGGACUUGCUGGCUGGUGCUGAGGCCGACGUCCCACAUAGCCAGCCUCCCACAUCCACUAAGUACCUGUUUAGCAGCCAAGGGGAUGGGAUGUUGAGUCCAGAUGUUGAUGACAUCAUCCCCCCUGCUCCCUCAGUGCAAGCCCCAACGCUGCCUUCCACCGAGCCAUCCAGGAACACCAACAGCUACUCCUCCACGGAAGGCUCCAGGAGUCGACAGAUUGACACCUUCGUGGACGACCUCUUCGAGCCUGUGCUGGACCAAGAUGUUCCGGAUGCCGAACGAAUGGCCAUGCUGAACCGCCGUAUGAGAGGAGGAGGUGGAAUAGGUGUACCAAUGUCAAUGCCAACAGCAGGCUAUCCUAUGGGAAUGCCUGCAAAUCCUGUGAUGUCCAGCUACCAGACUAUGCCUAUGAUGUCUGGAAUGAUGCCACAGGCAUCCUCAAUGCCAGUGAUGCCAUCCAUGCCUUCUGCCAUGCCCCAGCCUCUACCAGCAGCUGAUCCCCAGCAGGUGGCAGCACAGCAACAAGCCUUUAUCAACCAGCAAGCUUUGCUCAUGGCCCAGCAGAUGACUCUCCAGGCUAUGACGCUUUCCCAGCAACAACAUCAGGAGCAGAUGCAGAAGCGUCAACGUCAAGAGCAGGCGUCAAAGCGAGAACGUCAGCGUCAGGAAACUUCUCCUGCACCCGCCCCUGAGGCAUCAAGAGCACCUGAAAGGACUAUGCCCAAAACUACCCCCAAAACAGCUCCCAAACUAGCCCCCAAAAUUACCCCAUCUGAAAUGACCUCAAGUUCUCCCCCAGCAUGUAGUGUCCUUGAGCCGGAGGCGGAUGAGGACAUUUCCUGCCCGGAAUCCUUUAAAGAGAAAAGAGACUUCUUCCAGAAAAUUGGAUCAGGAAAUGCAACCAAAGCUCCAAAUCCAAAGUCAACUCCAGCAAAGAAAGAGGAAAGAAAAAAGUCACAAGAACGGUCCAAAUCCCCAGAACGUCCCAAACCCUCAGAACAUCGCAAGUCUCCAUCCCCAGAAAGGCCAAAAGCCCCACCACCUCCUGAGAAAGCCAGGGUUAAUAGGGCCCUAGUGAAAACCCAAGCCCCCAAACCAGAACCCAGCAGCCACAUCCGAGAAAUCAUCAAGCAGUACAAUAAAAGGCCCCUGCCAAAUCCUGAACCGUUGGAGCCAGUCAGGAUUCCUAUCAGAUCUUUCGUGAAAAAAACUGACCCCAAAGAGGAGGCCCUGGCAAUUCUGAGAGCGAAUGGACCCCCCGUGCCUGUUAAUAAAGAAAAGGUUCCUCCUCCUGUUCAACCAAAGCAGAAGUCAAUCCCACCUCCAGUGAAAUCCCAGGGUCCACGUUUCAUCUCAAAUAACAUGAGGCAGAAGCAACAAUCGCUGGCUGAUCUCUUUGGCUCGACCCGUUCCCAUAAUGCACCUGUCCCUGAAACCCCGCCCCCUCUUCCAGAAUCCUUCCCUCCCUUCAUCCCAGACCCACCGCCAAUGGCAGCCCCAGGACUCAGUGAUCUCCCUGAAGAGGAACAUGUCCAGUCAGCACUUCACAAAUUCUCAGCCAGCGUAUACUUCUCCUACACCAACAUGCCUGGGAAAGUCUUCCUGCGCAAAGAGGUGUUCUACCCAAGAGAAAAGUUUAACCAUCCAUAUGUCCUCAAUCUCCUAUGUGAGCAGAUCAUGAGGGACACCUACUCUGACUCCUGUGUACGCAUCUCCAAAGAGGAACGCCGGAAGAUGAAGGAUCUGUUAGCUGGGUUCCAUGUGGGCAUCAGCAUCAGUUCAGUGCAUGAUGACACAACAAAGAAGAGGAUUGUAAUGGCAGCUCGUGACAACUGGACCAACUACUUCUCACGCCUUUUCCCUGCAACGGGAGGGGACUGGGGAGACACUGAGGUACUUGGCAUCUCUCACCGUGCGAUUCGGCUGCUCAAAGUUAUCAGGGCAUCAGGAAUCAACCCAAAACAUCUCAAGGUGCUGCGCAGCUACAGCUAUGCGGAGGUGUUGUCUGUGGAGCAGAAAGGCCCAGGGUUGGUGGAGUUCUCACUAACGAAUGAGCAGUUAGAGCUGCGAUCCCCCCAGGCACCCCAGAUUGUUGCUAUGGUGCUUUUCUUCAUCAGUGAAUUGCUCAAGGACUCAGGUCAUGUGAUCGCCUUGAAGAGCUAUAUGACAGAUGACAAAAGCCUCCUGAGCUUCCAGAAGGGAGACAUCAUUAAACUCUUGCCCAUGGAGAAGGCCCAGGAAGGUUGGAAGUUUGGAUCAAUAGGAGGACGCUGUGGCCUGUUCCCCUCCGAGCUGACGCAGCCCACGGCGCCCCCGGACUAUCAUUGCUUCCAAAUAGACCGACGUGAAGAGCUCCGGAAAAGCUUCAGAGGGGCUGCAUCUCCUGCCCUGUCCCAGAGUCCAUCGGGGAAACACCACCAAGAGAGCAUCAACCCAACAUACCCAGUAGGCAAGUUUGAGGGGUCAGCACCAAGCUCAGUGCGAGGACCCAAUAUUGAUGGCCAGGAGUUCGCUAUGGUGGAAUUUGCCAUGAAAUACUUCAGAGAGUCAGCCACUAGGUUGGGCUGGAAGGGAGUAACAGCUGAGGGAAAAAGCUGCUCUGAGUUGGUUCAGCACACAAAGGUUCCCAUACAGGAAUCCUUGAUCUACUAUGCUGACAAUGAGCUGAAUGAGCUGUCUGCCCAGUGCUUCAUGAAUGUGAUGUGGUUCAUGGGAGACCAGCCACUGACAAAGCAUCUCACAGAGGGUGACUGUCUUAACAGCAUCCUGCAGCUGGGGAAAGAGAAGGAGUUCCUGAGGGACGAGAUCUACUGCCAGGUCAUUAAGCAGACGACCAUGAACUCGCGCAGAGAAAGCUGCAUCCUUGGGUGGCGUCUGCUGAGUCUCGUGAUGGGUUUCUUCCCCUGCUCAAACACCUUGAAGCCCUAUGUCAUGCAACAUCUACAGUACUGCACACAGGACUCCACAAACCCCUACCAAGAGUUGUCUCGCAUCUGCCAGGAGAACUUGAUGCGCUCCCUCAUAUACGGUGGCCGCAGAUAUGUUCCUUCCCAUGUAGAAAUAAGAGCCAUACUGGCUAGCAGAAACUCUCGCCGUGUCCCCGUCAUUCUGCCGGGAGGUGUGGAGUUUCCUUGCAAGAUCCGUAGUUUCAGUGUGGCGCUGGAUGUGAUGACUGACUUAUGUGCAGAGAUGGGAGUGUUGAACCCAAGGGAGAUUAAAGAGUUCUCUGUUCAGGCCAACCAGGACCAAGGUGAGACGGUGCGCCCCAUUCACCCGGAUGAGUACCUCUUUGACUUUCUGCUGGAUGACAGCUCCAUCAUUCUCUCCUUCCGCCGCAUCAUUUGGACGACACCGCUGCACUUUGAGAAUGACCUCUUUUUGGAGUUCCACUACCAGCAGGUUCUAGCUGACUACUUAGAUGGGAAGCUUCUUCCACGCAACGGCUCCUCUGGACAGCAGCAGAUAUUAGAGCUGGCUGUUAUACAACACCAGAUGCUGGGAUUUAACAGCGAGCCAACACAACGUGAGUUAAGGGGGUACCUCCCACAACCAGAGAGAAGCAGUACUGACCUUCAGCAACUGCAUGCUGCAAUGGUCAGACAGCUGGCCAGCAUACCUCUGCUCAGCCCCCGUGAUGCCAAAAUACGCUUCCUCGAGAUCCUCAGCACACUGCCACUCUUUGCCAGUAACAUGUACCUGGCCCAGAAAGUCAGCCACCACAACUGCCCCUCCCCUUGUCUGGUUGCUGUCAAUGACAAUGCUAUUUCAUUUUUACAUCCUAAAACACAGGAGGUUGCUAUGAAGAUCCCCCUGUCUGAAGUGCAGACACUCCAUUCACUCAGCCUCAAAAAAGAAAAGUCACCCAAAAUAGAAAUCAAAUACGGAAAUGCCACCAAUCCAAAAACAGUUGUCACCCACCUCAAACAGGCUAAGGAGCUGUGCCACACCAUCGCAAUCAUCAUGGAAGAGCUGGUGCGCCCAGCUGCCAGCAGCACCCGGUCAAGGCCCCCUACUCGCACACCGUCCCCCCGGCAGCAAAUGGCUAUGCAAUAACAGGGAAAGAGCACAACCCCAAGCCUCUCUGUGGGCCUGGAGGGUGAAAACAUCAUGUUUAAUUUACAAAAGACAAAAGGCAUGGAUAAUGCAAAUCACAUGUACCAAAAUUCCACCCAGUUCUCAUACUGUGGUCAACUAAGCCUAUGCUGCUCAAAAACUUUUGC